GUAAAAUUCUCUGCGAAGGCAGCUUCUAAGGUUAUUCACGAUUUUGGCGUUUAUUUUAAUCAAUUGCUUAUAAAAUUGUGGUAAUCCUUUAAUUCUGUAUAUACAGUUUUGUAUUACAUUAAUCAUUUUCACGUAAAAUGUUUUAAAUGCGAUCGGUGCCGGCUUUCUCUAGCGAAAAUGUGGACUGUAUGUGUGCCUGGAUGGAGCGCGAUCCUCGUGGCGGGGACCCUCCUGCUGUAUGGUACCUUGGAUGUAGCAUAUUUUGCUCGAAUGAUGUACACAGUGGCCAAGGCAAGGUACUUCAGGAAGAAGGCGUGCAUCUUGGACACUACGGAAGUGCAGUCCUGGUGUCUCCUCACAGAUAUAGACACGCUCCUGUACCACAUGAACAACGCGAGAUACCUGCGAGAGUUAGACUUCGCUAGAGCGGAUUUCUAUGAACGUACAGGCCUGUACGCGAAUAUUAAGGCAGCGGGAGGUGCUGUGUUGCAAGCAGCCGCUACAAUACGGUAUAGACGAUAUGUUAAACCGUUUACGAAGGUCACUAUCACUUCUAAGGCGGUAUUCUGGGACGAGAAGACGCUCUUCAUGGAGCACGAGUUCAUAGGCCCCGGGGGGUUCGUGCACGCGGUGGCUGUGUGCCGCCAGCGCGUGAUCGACACCUCGGCUGCGGCUAUCGCGGAGCUACUGCUGCAACUGCAUUGUGGGGGUGCGUGUAAACCGUACCCGUUGAAGAUGCCGCCUGAGUUGGAGCUCUGGGUACAAAGCAACGAGUUGAGUUCAGCGAAACUAAGAUCGCAAGCGCUACCCGCGAUCCCGGCGAUCGAGCGACCCGACCCCCUGGCGUGCGGGGAAGUCGUCACGAGCACCGAGUGAGAUUCGCUUCACUGCCCACAGGAACGAGAGAACAUUCAGAAGAAGAAGAGCGAGUGAGACAGCUAGCGGGGGUCGGGCUCGGGCAGUGAAUAAAACGAUCAGUAUACAACGCGACGCCAACGCGUACGGACUAUUGUGCGAUUUCGUUUUAGAAUUAUUUUUAUCAUUACGUGUAUACUGUAUACUAUUGGUGUCAUGUUAUGUUGUAUUGACAUAGAUACUCAUUUUAUUGUGCAUUUAUAAAUGAAAUUUAUUUUUGAACGUCACUAUUUUAAUAGCAUAGAUAUUCAAGUAACAAAUUAUAUUGAUAUAAAUGUAACUAUGAACUUGUAAUGACGUCUAUGCACACAAAUAUAGACUCUGUACAUAAUUAAUACAAUGCUUACAUAUGAAUAAAAACUAAUAAUGUUAAGUAAUGCUUUCAGUAUUUCGGCAUGGUGGAUAAUUAAUAUAAUAUAAUUAAAUUGAAACAUCUAAGUCAUGAUGGGUUAAAAAUGGUGGUUUAAAAUGGUUUUUGAAACCUCUAAAAAGUUUGUUGGUUUGGAAUUUAAAAAAAUGUUUAAUGACGACUAGCUAAGCUAGAUCCAAAGCACACAUAAUUGUUAUUGUGAACACUCGAUGUAUAUAUCUGAUGUAAUCGUGUACAAUAAAAUAUUAAAAUCGCUUCAA